AUGGAUGCCGAAUAUGUGGGUGUUGUUGAAAAUGCAGACGAAGAUCUAGGGAGCUCUGAAAUAUUGUUGCCUACAAUGAAGAAGAGAAAGUAUAUUGUACGCAAUGAGAGAAAUGACGAAGAAUCAGUUUGGUCUGAAUGCCCUAAUCAUAUGAUUGAGAUGAUGUUUUCUAGCCUACCGGUCGAGUUCAGUUCUCGAUUUCGCAUUGUGUGCAAAGAAUGGAAUACGCUCUUAUCCUCUAAUAGAUUUCUCUCUUUAAUUCCAGAGAGAAAUCCAUGGAUUCUCUUCUGCAAUGAAACGCAUGCCAUAGCCUACUGUAUACUCAGGCAAUCGUGGAAGACUAUUUCCCUUCGUUUCUUGCCAAGCCGAAUAACUAAAAGUCUCUCACAGCUAGGCCGUUCACUUUUUUAUAUUUCAGGUGCAGGCCUUCUGCUAUUCGAGAUCACAGAGCCUCGGAGAAAACAUAUGAUCUGUAAUCCACUUACAAGCACAUACAAAUAUCUUCCCGUUGUCAUAGCAAAGAAUAUAAAUGUAGGGGCAAUAAUGGAGAACGGAGAGUCCUACAAAAUUGUGGGUCUAUCGAAAAAAGAAAACCCCAGUUGCAUACAAAUUUAUCAUUGCUUUGAAAAGAAAUGGCAGAUUGAAGUUGAGUUGCCUUUGCCCAAAGAGGAUUUUGAUAUUCUUUCUAUUUUGUGUCCCAAGGGUUUUCUCAUCUGUACUUCAUAUGAUUUGGAAUUUGUGGUUUGGAACAUGGAAGAUAAGCGACCGCAACUAGUGACCUUUCCAGAGGCGAAUCUAUCAAUUCUGGGGGAUAGGAUAAACUCAUGGAACUCUCAAGUGGUUGUAUGUGGGUCAUCGUUCCUGUUUGUAGUAACAUAUCUGGAAAUGGACUCAGAUGACAAAGUAGUGAACUGUGAGGUGGUUGUAUGGGAAUUGGAAUGGGAAAAGGAGGAUAGGUCACUAUGGAGUUGGAAGGAGAUGACAAGAAUGCCUCCUCAUAUGUGCCGUCAAUUUAUAAAGGUGGGGUAUUCACCGAAACCAACUAAAGAGCUUCCUAUUUUUGAGUGCAGCAUUAUAGGGGUAGGUAAUUUUCUCUGCUUCAUAGGUGUGCAUGGUAGCAUAAAGCUGUUUAUCUAUGAUUUAGAUCAGAGGUGCUGGAGUCCGAUCAGGCUUCCUCAGUUAAUGAGACUUAAUAGGUAUCACGCAAUUUGUGACUUUCAAGUUAAGCCAGGUAUGAAAGUAUAG